GCGAUUUGGCGGAAGGGGAAUUUGCCGAAAGUACGCACAAUGUGAAAAUGCUCUGAUAUUAGCAAAUUUCGAAAUAUUGCCGCCUGUAUCAAACAAGAAUUGCAAAUAAGUUAAUGUUCAUUAAAAAUGUUCGGAGGUAACAAUGGCAAUUCAGGCAAACAGCCUGCCACGUUUGGGCAGCCAUCAUUUGGGAGAGCACCUGGCCUUUUUGGACAGCCCACUGCAUCACCAGCUGCCAACACAUUUGGGUCUUUCAAGGGAAGUGCACCUUCAAUGCUGCCAGGCAGUGGCAGCUCAGGCUUUGCCAGUGUAUUUGGGAGUGGGUCUGCAAAUACAGGCUUUGGUGGAGCAGAGACCUCUGUUUUCUCCAGUAGCUCUACACACACCUUCAGCAGUGCUGGUGGCUCUGGGUUUAGUGGAGGGUUUGGUCUUGCAGCUGGCCCCAGUGGUACAGGCAUUACAGGUAGUUCCAGUGCUACAAGCUUAUGUGGAAAUCCCAGUGGCACUAGUAUUAGUGGCAGUCCAAAUGCAUUUGGCCUUACAGGCAGUUCCAGUGCUACAAGUAUCACAGGCAGUUCAAGUGCUGGAAGUAGUACAGGCAGUUCCAGAGGCAAUUCUGGCUUUGCAGGUGGAUUUGGCCAAGGACCAAGUCACAAUGUAUUUGGUGGUUCUGUUGGACAGGGAUUUAAUACAGGACAAGGCAGACCAGGGUUUGGUGCAGUAACAACACAGUCUUCUGCCUUCAGUGGGUCAAAUCUAUUCAGCAAAGGAGGAACUGAUGCAAAGUUUGGAGGGCAGAGUGGUUCAUUUGGAUCUGGUACAUCCGAUUCAUCACUUUUCAGUUCUGGACCAAUUGGAUCAAGUAUCGAAAAACCAAAGACGGCUGAUUUAUUUGGGCAGACUUCUUCAGGCAGUGGUGUAUUUGGUGGCUCUUCCAAAUCUGGCUUUGAAAGUAAGCCUGCCUCCAGUAACACAGCAGCAGGGAUUGGCAAUAUACCAAAAUCAGUUAGAUUCGGGAGAGAUGAAGCACCAGCUAAAACAGCAGCAAAUAUAUUUGCAAGUAAUUCUCCAUCCUCAUCAUCAUCUCUGUUUUCUCAAAAUAUAAGUGGGCCCUUCACAUCAUCGACCACAUCUGGUAAUGCUGGUGUCUUUGGAACUGCCAGUGGGAAUGUGUUUGGUGGAGCAGCACAGAAGAAUGUGUUUGGUGAGAAAGGAGAGCAAUCUGUGUCAACUACCACAUCUGCUGGCCUGUUUGGUGGCCAGUCCAAUAUGUCCACUAAGACAUCUGCUGGUGCUGGAAAAGCUUUGUAUAGAAAAGGUCAGAGUCUGGAUGUCCCAGACACUGACCCAAGGACGUCCAUGUUGUUUGGAAAGUUGGUUAAACCAGCACCCUCCACAACAGAACCCAGCACCAUGGGUAAACAAGGGGCCAGAGUUGUGGAUGUUUUAGAGGAAAAAUCUACCAUGGUUGGAGAGAGCAAAAAGGUGCUGUUUGGUAAACGGGAAAGUGAGAACACAGAAGAUAUGGGACAGAGUAAACGGGCAUUGUUUGGUUCAAGUGAGAUGGGGGAUUCGGAUGAUAAUAAACAAGGCAAAAGGAAGCUGAUAAGAAGACCUUUGGUGAGCAGUGCUCGUGGUGCAGCCUCUGGUCUGUUUGGUAAGGCUUUGUCAGCGGUCAGGGGGACUGCAGUUAAGAAGUCUCCCAGUUCAGACAUUAAAACAUGGCAAACUGCAAGUGUAGAAGGACAGCCUGUUGAUCAAGAAGAGGGGGAAAUUGUGGAAGAGAAGGCUUCUGGUGCAGCAGCAGCAGCAGCAGGGAAAAUAGUCAGCUCUCGGCGGCGUUCCAGUGAUGAUACUGGGGACAAAGUGGCCAUCGUGUGUAAGAACGUGCCGAAAAUUUUCAAUAAACGCGAAGCACUGAGAGGUCACUUCCAGAAGUAUGGACCAGUGUCCAAGGUGUUUGUGAACCCAAAUAGAAACCAGGCUACCAUCCACUUUAAAAAUCAUGAAGGAGCAGCCCUAGCCAAGAGGAAGGGGAAAUACUUGAGGAAAGACUUGGAACCAUUGCAGAUCUUCUGGAGUAGUUACUCCCCACAGAACAUUGCCAAGACCAGUGUGCUGAAGAAAAAAGCCAUGCCCACAUCGCACAGUGAGUUGGACGAUGAAUUGGCUGCUAUGCAGGGGACACAGGAUGUCCAAGGACACAGCGUCAAAACUCUUGCCAGGCCUGACGAAAGGAAGGCAGAUGUUAUCCUCAGCAGGGAUGGAAAAUCAAGAUUGGGGGGAUUUGUUGCAAGGUCAAGGUCACCUGCUCCAACAGAAGUCAAUAGGGACAGGUCAAGGUCACCUGUAAAAGAGCAGCCAGUGGCAGGGGCUAGUAGGUCAAGGUCAAGGUCACCAGCACCAAUCAGCAGUGGACAGGCAGUGACACAAAAAGUUCCUCCUAAGUUAAAGAGCCUGGUAAACGCUGUUGGCCAAACCGCUGCAGAAAGAUUUGAGAUUCUUGAUACAAGGGAUAAGCUCCUAAGACAAGGGAAGUCGAAGCAACAGGACAUUACCAAGGUGAAGGCAGUGGUGGGGGUGUGUCCUGAUAUGUGCCCAGAGCGAGAACGUUACAUGAGAGAAGACAGACGAAGAUUACACCACUUUGAAAUUAUGCUGGGAAGCGAGAGUAAUCCGCGAGCAGAUCACGCCAGGUGCAUCAAGGAAUACAGCCGCUCCUCUGCUGAUCAGGACGAGCCAUUACCCCACGAGUUGCGCCCUGCUCCAGUGUUGGCGAAAACGAUGGACUACAUGGUGAAUAACAUCAUGGACCGUGGAGGCGACGGCAAGUGGGCUGACUGGUAUGAGUUUGUAUGGAGCAGAACUAGAGGAAUUAGGAAGGACAUCACCCAGCAACACCUCUGUAACGAGACGGCAGUCAGCCUCCUGGAGAAAUGUACCCGCUAUCACAUCUACUGCUCUGAGAGGCUCUGUGAGGAGGGACCUGCAGUCUUUGACGAGAAAAUCAACAACGAGAACUUGACCAAAUGUCUUCAGAGCCUCAAGGAGCUGUAUCACGACCUGGCCACCAAACAGAAUAUCUACUGCCCCAAGGAGGCCGAGUUUAGGGCAUAUAUGGUGCUGAUGAACCUGAAUGAGGGAGAUAUCCUCAGAGAGGUGCAACAACUACGAGAUGAGGUGCGACAUUCCAAGGAAAUAAAGUUUGUGCUAAAGGUGUACAAUGCCCUGAACAGUAACAACUACAUCAAGUUCUUCAAGUUAACCCAUCAAGCCACCUUCCUCAAUGCCUGUAUCAUGCACAGAUAUUUCAACCAGGUCAGACAGAAGGCUCUGCUUAUUAUGCUGAGGGCGUACAAAGGAGGGCCCACUGUCACUAAUUUCCCAGUGAAUGAAAUGCAGCGUCUCCUGUGUUUUGAGAAUGCCACAGACACCCGAGAUUUCUGUGAGUUCUAUGGCCUGCACACAGAUGGUGAUUAUAUCCACCUGGACAAGAAUGCGUUCAUACGCCCCGAGACUUCUAUGGGGAACAGACGCGCAGUGGAGUUAAUAGAGAGCAAACAGACUGUUUCUGUAGGGGAGGUAGUGAAUGGAGAAAAGCUGCCACCAAAUGAACUCAUUAUUCCUUUCUCAAGUUUUGAUGACAGAGGACAUUAUAGGGGAGAGAUGGUGCAAGGCUUCACAGAACCUGAACCCAGCAGUGAGGAGCAGAGCACCCCUGAGGAGCCCCCUCCACCCUACGAGGCCUCUCCCGUGCCCUCACCUCUCAAGUUUGACAAAUACCCAGGAGAGGCUGUGAAGGGCAUUGCUAAGGAACUUUUCCUGGAGGUGAUAGACGAGAUGUCCAAGGACAUGAGCAGGACGCUGGUCCAGGCUGCCCAGAUGUACCUGAACUCAGACAAGGACGUCUAUGGGGAGAUUGAGGGAGAAGUUUGCAAGGAUGUGGCUAGAUCUGUUUCCCAAGAGGUUUAUAACGAGGCCAUGCAGAAGCUGCGGGAGGAAGAGGAGCAGAAGAGGCGGGAAGAAGAAGAGCGGCAGACGGCGCUGAGCAAAGAGAGGGUCACUAAGGUGGAGUGUGAUGAGCUGCUGGAGGAAGUGGUCACGCAGGAGUGCAAAAACAUGGCAACCAUUGAAAUCAGGGAAAUCCAAGCAAAGUUAAAGGAGGAGAGAAUACAGCGCUGCACAGAUGAAAUCUCAAAAGAACUGGUAGAAACAGCCGCCCUGGAGGAGAUUUUGAGGGUUUCCAAGGAGGUUUACCAAACCGAUGUCAUACAAAGACUGCAGGAACUCGAUGAGUGCGAAAAGGGGGUAAAAACCAUGCGACAAGCCCGUUUCUUCAAAUGCUGGGUCAACAUGUACAUGGGCCGUAUGCGUCUGAAGAGGUCCAUGCUGGCUUUCCCCUCUGCCCCCUCCAAUUAUACCUCAUCUGAACAGCUGGAGCAACUGAUGCCAGAGAGAGAAGAGGUGGAGAUGAGCCAAGAUUUUAUGCCUCUUGGAAAGAGGGCACGCUUGACAAUAAGAGACCCCACUGAUUUGGUCGAAAAAAAUUCCCGGUUGACGAGAAGUGUGGUUUUGAAGAAAUUCAUGCAGCGAUUGAGGCAUGAGCAUGCCUGGGCACCGCUUGAUAUACCAGCUCUGAUUGGUGGAAAUUUAUGGAAGAUUUGGGACGGAAAGUUUGAUGGCCCAAACAUGUACUGGAAGGUUCUGCUGAGUUUACCAGAAUGUCAUGAAGAGGAGAUGAAGCAGUUCAACAACUGGCUGGUGGCAAAGUUCAGGAGGGGGACCCUAUCUGGCUGUGACAACUUACAGCACAGGAAGAGCACCCUCCUUAGUCUUUAUUCGUCAGAAUUAGACGAUUUACACCCACAAAGCCAGGUUAGUGUGUGUGCCAGAACACUAGAGGGCACUCUCACAGAAGACAGCAUCAGUGAUAUGGAGGAGAAACGGCUCCUCUUGGGCAGCAGUGCCAUUAUUUUUGUACUAGGGCCUAUGCAAGAUGAAUCCAGAGCACAGGAGUACUGGUUAGAGGAACAGCUGCGUCUGGCCAGAAUCUUGCAAGCCAAACCAGUGGACCCUGCCCUGCCCCUACUGCUGGUCUCCUGGAGAGAUGACCUAUCAGUGGACAUCCUGUCCCGGUCAGACAUGUUGAAUCUGGAUGUGUUCCUGGCUCAGGAUUUGAUCUCCGCUGUGGAGAUAGUUAAUGUGGGGGACCUGGAGGAUCUGCAGUCUUGUAGUGUGUUGACCAGUGGAGUCCAGUGGCUGAGUGACCACUGCCCCGCCCCGCCAUCAUUGACCAGACAGGAGAUACGGGAGUACGUGGAGGACUUCAUGGCCAAAGAGUUUUACGUCCCUGUCUAUCAGGACCUGGCCAACAGGAAGAAGCAGGGACUGCUACAUCAGCCCCCUGAUGUGUUAAUCAACCUGUACAACUCUGUGGCCAUGCACCUAGUACAGGUGGGCUCUUCGCGCACACUGUCGCAAUUCUCCUGGCCACUGCCCGAGUUUGCUGCCACACACCACGGACUCCCAGACCAGUCUUGGAACACAGAAGACACGCUCUCUCUAAUCGAGGAUGUACUCUCCUCGCUGACAUUGCCAGAGUUUGACCCCGUGGACUGGGAGACGGAAUCCUGGGAGAGUGCUGUCAGGGAUGUCUGGGCCUACGUAGAGGCUGUGGCGGAGUCAACUGACGCUGAUGCUGCGGCUCUGUGUUCAAGGAUCCAGAGAGUGAUAUACAAGGUAGAGCAUGACUAUGAUGAGACCUGCUACCUGAACUAUGAUUUGAAUGGCUGCCGCCCCUGCUAUGUCAACAUGCCGUGGACAGAUAUCAUCAUAGCCUGUGUCAACCAUCAGCUGACUUCACUAGACUUUCUGGACAUCAUGUCUGCCACUGAGACUGAAGAUGAGCAGGAAAUAGUGCUGCAUUAUCUGGCAGAAGAACUGAAUGACUUCAGCCCACCCUCUGAGUGGAAACAAGCAAUAAGAGACAUCCGAGACACUACAGUGGAAGCGAACUUGCAGGAUACAUUCUCAAGGGCUGCGGCAAAAAGGAAAGCCGAGGUCAUCCUCAAUGCAAGAGAGGAAGGUUUACACAAGCAGUCAGUCAAAGAACCAGGAGAACUUGGAUACACCACUACAUAUGUAGAUCUCACCACCAUGGUCCCAGAAUAUGUUGCAGCAAUGGACAGGGCACACCUUUUGCAAGAGCGACUUGCCCAGGAGAAAAGACUGUCUCAAAGUUACGAAGAAAAUUUGAGACUGCUGAUGAUGGAGGGAGGAAAGGAUGAAUGUCAGGAUUUGGAUGGUCCGUUGUUUGUGCAUACAAACCCGUUGAGGAACUAUGGCAGUAUUGGAUCAGGGAUUAUAGAUCUUACGCAUGAUGAUGAUGAGGUUAUGAUUGACCUUGACUUUCAAAGGUCAAGGUCAUCACCUCUGAGCAGAAGCUUUAUUAUGAUGGAAGCAGAACAGUCUAAAGAGAUUUUCGUAAAGUCUUCUCUGUCAGAUAGUUUUAUGCAGUUUGAAAGAGCUAUGCAAUCAAGUAGAGAGGCUGAGAGACUGUACGAGAUGAAAUUGCAGGCUUUGGCAAACAACUGAAACAUUUGUAUAUAAAGAAUUUGCUGGUUGAUAGGAAUAAAGAAUCUUCAGAGAAUUUCAUUAAUUGUAUAAUUCAGAAACAAAUAGUUCUUUUUAUACUGACACUUUGUGUAAUGUCUGUAUGAACACCAGUUUCGUGAACUUAUAAUUU